GGAGUCGCCGGGCUCCGGACGGAUGAGCCUAGGAAAGGCCGGGGCGCUGCCAGUUCCUCCAGGCCGCCACCUCCCGCACUGCCCAGCCGGGUCUCCAGCCACCAGCAGUGCCGGCGCUGGGCACGCGAGGCGCGUGGAGCAUGGGCGGCCUGGUGACCUAGUGUCCAACCACCAAGGGGCCGCGCGUCGUCCCACUCCCCACUCUCCUGCUGGGCGGAUCUCUGCACACCCGGGGCCCGCGGGCGGCCGGCGCGCCGGUGACCAUGCACGGGGACGCCAUCUGCAGCGCCCUGCCCACCAUCCCCUACCACAAGCUCGCCGACCUGCGCUACCUGAGCCGCGGGGCCUCGGGCACCGUGUCGUCCGCCCGCCACUCCGACUGGCGCGUCCAAGUGGCCGUGAAGCACCUGCACAUCCACACGCCGCUGCUCGACAGUGAACGAAAUGAUAUCUUAAGAGAAGCUGAAAUUCUACACAAAGCUAGAUUUAGUUAUAUUCUUCCAAUUUUAGGAAUUUGCAAUGAGCCAGAAUUUUUGGGAAUAGUUACUGAAUACAUGCCAAAUGGAUCAUUAAAUGAACUCUUACACAGGAAAACUGAAUAUCCUGGUGUUCCUUGGCCACUGAGAUUUCGCAUCCUGCAUGAAAUUGCACUUGGUGUAAAUUACCUACACAAUAUGAAUCCUCCUCUACUUCAUCAUGACUUGAAGACUCAGAAUAUCCUGUUAGAUAAUGAAUUUCAUGUUAAGAUUGCAGAUUUUGGAUUAUCAAAAUGGCGCAUGAUGUCUCUCUCACAAUCACGAAGUAGCAAAUCUGCACCAGAAGGAGGAACAAUUAUUUAUAUGCCACCUGAAAACUACGAGCCCGGACAGAAGUCCAGGGCCAGUGUGAAGCAUGAUAUAUAUAGCUAUGCAAUGAUCACAUGGGAGGUGUUAUCAAGAAAACAGCCUUUUGAAGAUGUCACCAAUCCUUUGCAGAUCAUGUACAGUGUGUCACAGGGACAUCGCCCAGACACAGAGGAAGCAAGCUUACCACAUGACAUCCCACACCGGGCACUCAUGGUCUCUCUAAUCAAAAGUGGAUGGGCACAGAACCCAGACGAAAGACCCUCUUUCUUAAAAUGUUUAAUAGAACUUGAACCAGUGCUGAGAACAUUUGAAGAGAUAACUUUUCUUGAAGCUGUUAUUCAGCUAAAGAGAACAAAGUUACAGAGUGCUUCAAGUUCAUGUGAUAAGAAAAUGGAGCUGUCUCUGAACAUACCUAUAAAUAAUGGUCCACAGGAGGAAUCGUGUGGCUCCUCUGCAGUCCACCAAGGUCGUGGCUCUCCUAGAACCUCGAGGUCCCUGGCUGCUACACAAGACAAAAGCUUUUUAUCUGGAAUAUGUAGGGAAUAUUCCAUCCUAACCAGGACAUUUUGUUUGGAAGGAGAAGCUGAGGACUGUUCCACCGUGAAGCCACAUCACUGCACAGUGCAUCGCAGCUGGGACAGCUCCCUUACUGCCUCUCAGAGGGCAACAUUCUGUGAUCACAAGACCAUGCCAUGCCCUUCAGCAAUAAUACACCCUCUCCUGUCUGUGGGAAGUUCAGAGCGCCUACAGCCUGGUAUAGCCCAGCAGUGGAUCUUGAGCAAACGGGAAGAUAUUGUGAGCCAAAUGACAGAAGCCUGCCUUAACCAAUCACUGGAUGCCUUACUAGCCAGGGACUUGAUCAUGAAGGAGGACUAUGAACUGAUUAGUACCAAACCUACAAGGACAUCAAAAGUUAGACAAUUACUGGAUACUACUGACAUCCAAGGAGAAGAAGUUGCCAAAGUUAUAGUUCAAAAGUUGAAAGACAACAAACAAAUGGGUCUUCAGCCUUACCCAGAAGUACUUGUGGUUUCUAGGUCACCAUCUUCAAACUUCCUUCAAAAUAAAAGCAUAUAACUGAGUCUUUUUUGAAGAAGAAACUUUAUAGAUGGUUAUUUAUGUCUGUUACCUUCAAAAUGUUUUUACAAAAGAAUGUGAGUAUUAGAAGAUUUUCUGAAGUUUUGGGGGAGUUGAGAGCAAAGAAUCUUCUCCCCUAAUAUUGCAAUAUUUUGUUAAAUAAUGUAAGUAAAAAGUUUGCAUUUUGA